AUGUAAACUUCAUCAACUUCCUGUCGAAAUGAAAAGUUGACUAAAAAAAAUAUGAAACAUCAAGACGACAUAAUGUCACCAGAGUCUGGUGAUAAAAGUAAAAUGAAGUCUAUCUCAGAACCUGGUUUAACUUUAACAAGUCCACAGAAAAUUGAAGAAGGCUCAGAACCUGGUUUAACUUUAACAAGUCCACAGAAAAUUGAAGAAGGCAAUCCAGGUUAUAAGUGUGAAAAGCUUCACCAAAUUGGAUUGUCAAAAUCCAUGGACUUCGUGUCAGAGACCAAAUUUGUCAUGCUUAACUUCAUGGGAAUGGUUCCUCCUGAAAUGUACAAAGGCCACAUAUCAACUUCGCCAGACAUUGAUAUUGAAGAAGAUGAUAAUGAUGCACUUCACCACAGUGCCGUUUUUUCCAAAUCACAUCCCACACUUACUAAAAGCAAAUCUCUAAGUGCAUGUCCUGGCAAAAGGCGACCAUAUUUGAAGAAGCUAGGUAGACUAAAAUCUCUGCAACGUAAACUAGACUCACCUGCUUCUGAGGAUAACCUGGGUUAUAAAUAUCAUAAAUAUCAACAUAACAUUCCAACAUUUGAUAGCAUAGAUUCAAUAGUCUCUCCCCAAGAUUUGGAUAUUACUAUGUUCUCAAAACAUGGUAUUGUUCUUCAAUCAGGGUUGAGAGCUCAAAGAAGUACGAGAAGUACACCAGUCAGUCCACAGAAAACGCCAUUAUCAUUACAGCGACAGAACAGUGAUGUAAGCAGCUUAGAAGACUUUAGCUACGCAAGUGAUGCUGAUGAUGAGUAUGAUGGUUCCAAUGCUUCCAGCAUCAUGAGCUCGAGAAGUUUCAGCUACAGAGAUGGGUUUCUUGACUUGAGAAAGAGUCUUCACACUCUUCCAACUGUGGAAGACGAAUCAUUUGAAGGCACCCAGGGCUCUGUUGUUGAAAGGACAGAGCAAGAUGCAGAUGACCAUAUAGAGGAUGAUAAUAUAGAUUAUGAUGAGGAUGAUGGAAUAGAAGAUAAGGCAGAUAAUUUGGAACCUACACAAACUGAUCAAACUGCUGAUGCACAACAAAUGGGUGUUGCAGGCAGUGGUGUUGCUGACCGCUCCAAGUUGAGACUGAACAUUCCAUGUGAACCAGUCAUGCUGGACGAUAUUCUUCUUUCACUGCAGACAGGGCUUAAUUCUGAGAUGGAAGAACUGGAAUCAGAGUUUGAUGAAGCAUUAGCCAGCAGUAGCCGGGAGCUGUCCAGUGCCACAGGGGGACGUCUAACCCCAAUCACCCCCCAGUCUGAGGCGGCUUUGAUGCUCGCCCGGAUCGGAGAUGAAGUUCGGGUCCAGUAUGGUUCCCAGCUUACCACAGCUCUCAGUUCGUUAACACCAUCCCAGAUACAGGGCCUGUCAUACCCGCAGUUUAGAGAUAUUGCCAGUACUCUCAUACAAGCGAAUGUUAGCGGCUGGCAUCACGUGGCGCUGCUGAUGGUGUUUGGGCAGCGGCUGGUCUGGGAUGUGCUCCAGACAGGACAAAGGCAAGUAGGCGGGAUCAUCGACAACUGUUCACAGCUGGUGGCUGACCUGGCGGCAGAUUUCAUUGUCAAACAGGGCGGAUGGAACUCAGUGAUGAACUUUGACCCCAGCCAGUCAUCCUCUGACAAUCAGAGCUCUGCAGAUGCAGACCUUGAGGUCAGUGAGUACUUUCGCAGGCACAGGGACACUGUGGUCAACAGGGGUCAUGAGUCACAUGGCAGUCAACAUAUUGACCUUCACAUUCAGGCCGGGCUUCACCGUGGCAAUGUAUUGUUGAAGAAUAACAAUGAUAAGGACUAUGAGAAUGGCCUUGCUUCAACUACUAGUAAAGACCCUGACAGUAUCAGUCAGGGUAAAGAUGGGGAUGCAAAUACUGUUCAGCCUACAGAUAAUGAUGGUAAUGAGAGAAGAAAAAGUGAUACUCCAGUUGAAAAUGAUGAAACUUCAGGAAUAUUUUCAGUGACAGACAGUGUGGAUGCUAUGAAGUUAACAGACAGAACUGAUGAUGAAAACAAUGCAGCAAACAAUGAUAUAUUGCUUAAUCCAGUUGAUCUCAGAAAUGAUUCCAAAAAUGAUGGUUUGAGGGAAAAAAGGAGUAGGUAUGCCUCUAGUGUUGGUUUUGAUUUUACUGACACCGGAAAUGAUAGAGGUGAAAUGGAACAAAACACGGAAAAUGAUGAAGACACCAGUAUGGCCUUUCUACAGCCUGCUGAUGUGGAGUCUGGGUUUGAUGAUGAUGAUGAUGUCAUAUUUGGUGACCAAAAUAUCGAAAAUGCCGACCAACUGGUAAAAGAUGGUGACCAACAAAUUACAAAUGGUGACCAGUAUAUCAAAAAUGGUAACCAUUUUGAACAAGAGAAUCAUUCCAGUGAACUUGUUCAUGAUCUCAGCGAUGGUUCACAAUAUAGGGCUGUCUGCGUUCCAGUUGAUAGCAGUCAGAAUGGGGAUGGCGAUAGAAUUGAUGUUAAGAAAGUGCCAACCUAUGAUAAAACAAAUGUUAAUGUUACACAGACAACCCCAGUGCCAUGUGCCAUAAAAGAACGGGUGGGUGAUUCAGAAUCUAGCCAAAAUGACAAUAAUAACAGAUAUGUACAUUCUGAUAGGAAUAAUGAUGAUGAAACUGAAAUUUGGGACAAUGCAUUUGAACCAGAUGAGAAUCAGAGUAAGAAUAACAAUUCAGAAGAAGUUCCAUUGCAGCGAGGUUUCAUUCAGGGAGGAGAUACACACAAUGAUGGCCAUGAUGAGACCUACUUGUGGCUGGGAUAUGGAGCUUUAGCACUGACUUUAGUGGCUGUGGCAGUCGGUUUUGGAAUAAGAAAGUUGGCCUUGUAACUUAUUUAUUAAAGUGACACUCUUAUUCAAAAUCAAUACAUACACAUGUAUGUCAAACAUCAAUUUUGGCUGAUAAACCUUUAACUUCUUACUUAAUAAUGCCUUUAAGGAAAAUAUUAAUUAUUGAUAACAAAAUUGUAACCGUGUAUUUAAUAGCAGAAAGUGCAAAAUUGAUGAAUGAUUGGUGAAUGCUAAAAGAUUUACUGGGUCUACUAUAGUCUCAUAAGGUAGAAAUACCGAGUUUUGUGGUAAUUGCCUUCAAAUCAAUCUUGGUUUCCUUCAUAAGAACCAUUGUUUUCGACAUUUUUUCAUCCUUUUUGGGAUAUUAAAACAAUAUUAAUUGUGGUAAAUCUUAUUUGGGAGUAAGAGUGCACCUUUAAAAGGUUCCAAAGGUAUUUUGAAAAGAACAUCUAAGCUACAAAUAAAAUUAAAUUUCAUUGUUAAUGCUAGAGGGGGAUAUGGGCAAUGAUUAUGAAGUCAUCUUAGAUUUAAACAUUGCGGAAAAUAAUGUUCAGGCAAAAAUGUUACAUAAUUGAAUUUGAUAUAUUUAUUGAAAUUUAUGUUUACAAAACACUAUGUAUUUGUAUGUAGUACUGCCAUGAUAUUACAGAAGCAUUUUAUGUUAAAAUUUUACCUUGUGUUCGAUACUUCUGUAAUAUGGCAAGAGUAUCUGUAUAAAUUAUUAUACCAGAAUGAAUUGCUUAAUUCAAAGUAUAUGUUAUUAUAUCAGGGCACCUGUUAAAGAUAGUUAAUAGCAAGGUGCAUAACUCUGGCUGAAUUAUUAUUGAGUCGUGUCCCCUGUUUUAACAGACGAUAGUUGAUGCUUGGUUUGUGGUGCUCUUACUAGCUAUUAGCUUCAUUGUCAUGCAAAAUCUUUAACCUUGACCGUUACUUUUAAAUGUUGACUUUUAAAUGUUGACGGUCUAUUGAAAAAGACAACAUAAAUAUUUGAAGUGUUUCAAUUAAAUUGUUGUUUGUUACAUGCUGGUUUAAUCUCAAGUAAAUUCCUUUUAGUAUUGAAGGUGUAAUUAUUUUGUUGCUUAAUUUGAUACUAGAUAAAUGUAAUAUGAAACAACUAAUAUCUGUUGAAACAUUUUAAAAUAGAUCUAUUUUUAAACUUUGUUGUUGAAUAUUUGUGUUUGAAAACAGACAGACAAGAUGCAUUAUUAUUAAUAUAAAUAAACGAGAAAUGUGUUUUUACUUUGUGUAGGGCAAAUCGACUCUUUCUGGUGUUUAAGUCCUGUCUGUUUAUGUUAAAUGUAUAUUCAUAUGGUAUGUGUUCACUUUAUUUUGAAUCCUGGCAAAGUUAUGUAAUGCAGGAAAUAAAAGCAAAUUAAUUAGAUGGUAUUGAUAAAAAAAAAAAUACAUGUAUGCAAAAGGUUGUCAUUGAAAAGGUAUCGCUUAUUUGUUCAUUUACACCAAUGUCUAUGCUCAGCGGUUUAAACCAACACUCAUAAUAUUUUGCAUAUUCGCAAACCAUGUAUUUUUGUAUAAUUGCACAAAUGGGCACAUCGUCAUUUUAAAUAUAUAAAGAUCUCAGUGCCCUUUUAAGAUAUGAUAGCAACUUUUCAGAUCUAAUCAAGUUUGUGCCUAGCACCUGGUUUUUAUGAAUUGUUAAAAAUGUUAUACUUAAAUGUCUUGUAUAUUGUUAUAUGUUGAACUUGAAAUGUGUUCUUUGUUAUGUUCCCUAUUUCAUGUUCUGGAAGUAGAGUAAAUGUUGGAAAAUAUC